GAUAAAAAAAUAUUUCAUUAUUUCAACUUCAACUUGAAAUAUAAUUUAUAAAUCAAUGUUUGCUUUACCAUUUGAUCCAUUAUUUCAGCUUCAACUUGAAAUGGAGAAUUUGAAGUUGAAAAACUGGUUUGAGGAGUAUUUUAAGUGAAAUAAUGGUUUUUAAUCACAAAACUUUAAUUUUUUUCCAAGUGAAAUUUAAGUCAGACACAACUUCAACUUCCAAAUACUCUUUUUCAACUUCAACUUCAAAUACACUCUUUUUUUUCAACUUCAACCAAAUUUUGUCCAGAUGCCUACUAGUAUUAAAAUCUUCAAAGAAGAUGCUCAUAGAUUUGGAUUAACUUGGUAAGAUGCUGAGUGAUUUUGCCGCUACAAGAUGACAAGUUAAUUUGCAAAAUUAACUUGGUAAGAUGCUCAGUGAUUUUGCCUCUAGAAGAUGACAAAUAAGAUUUUUUUUUUGACAAUUCAGUUCCUUAUCAUUUCUGCUCGAGAUUCACAAAACAAUAGAAAUCUUAAAUUUAAUGUGUUCUAUAGUUCUACUUCUUUCCUUCCAAGUGCUUCGGUAUCUAUUCACCCUAGAAUAGGGUCGUAUCCCUGCAUUUUGUCAUUUCAUGUUUCUUGAGGUGCACUUGUUCAAAAAGAAAGUUAUGUAGGGUCCCCAAGGGGAUGGCCUGAUGGUUGAAGCAUGGGAUUAAUUACCCGGACAUUUUAGGUUCCAACACCAGCUAUAUCACUUGGUUUGAGCCCAUCUGCUUCAGCCUUGAUGGAUGUAUCUUGGGAAACCUAUGCUUAUGGACUGGACAAGUUGCCCUGUAGAUUAGUUGAGGUGCUCUCAAGCUAGCCCGUGCACUGCUAAUUUUAAAAAGAAAAAACAGAACAAGCAUGAUAACUUUGAUGUUGCUGCUAUUUUCUUUGUUGCCUCAAGAAUCCAUCUCAUAAUGACAUGUCCAGCCUCCACAAAACAGAUGAAAAAGAAAGAGUUAAAGAGGCUAACCUAUGCCUCCUCCAUUCCCUCCGCCUAUGUCAGGAAGGAGUUUAAGAGACCAACUUAAAAUCUUUUUCAAGAAGAAACGAGAAGCAGGAUGUCCUUCAUUUUUUUGGUACUUCGCCUUUCUGGCAGUUCAGGUGCCCUGCUUCCUUCUUUGGAUUACAACUAUUAGAAGAAUGUCACUGGAUCAUCACGAAGGCUUUGAUUGUGGGGGCAUUCUUUGGUUCCAGAACUUGACUGAGUUCCCUAGUGGUGUUUUAGGGCCAGUCAUUCCUUUACUGAUUGCUGGCUUGCAUUAUGUCAAUGUUCAGGUAUCCUUUCAGAAAUCUUCAGUUGGAAAUAUGAGUGGAUUCCUGGGAUUAUUAGCCAAGUACUACAAGAAGUACUUGGAAGUCCUGACAUUACCCUUAUUGUUUAUUACAUUCAAUAUUCCCCAGGGGAGUUCAGUCUAUUGGCUUACCAAUAGUUCGAUGACUGUUGUUCAGCAACUAUUGCUAAAGCAUCCAGAUGUUCGCAAGAAACUGGGGCUACCUCAUAAGGAUCCUCAGUCAGUGACUGCACAUCAGAAAGAGUUAGGUAAUCCUGAAGAAAUCAAAAUAGAUCCAUCAAAAAAGCAGCGGAAAGUAUCUGUCCAGAACCUAUCACCUCAUGAAUUGGUUAAUCUUUCAAUCAAAUUCUUAGCAGGAGGACGUAAAGAUGAAGCUAUGUCCUUUCUUCGACUUGCUCUUGCAAAGGAUCCCGAGUAUGUUCGAGCUUUGCUUGUUCUUGGUCAGUCACUUUUGCAAGAUGGUUCCUUACCAGAAGCUACUGAGUACUUGGAACGUGCUAUUGGCAAGCUUCUGCUAAAGGAGAAUCCGAUGGACAUUGAGGAUGUUGAUCUCCUGAUUCUAUCAUCUCAAUGGGCAGGUGUUGCCUGUAUACGGCAGGGUAAGAUGGGAGAGGGACUUGUACACCUGGAACGAAUAGCUAGUAUAAAAGAGCCAGAGGACCCAAAGAGCAAGGCUCAUUACUAUGACGGAUUAGUACUGCUGUCAAGUGCGUUGGUCAAUGUUGGUCGCAAGAACGAUGCAAUUAAGCAUCUGCAAUUGGCUACUGCUUAUGACGAGUCUUACAGGAAACUGCUGCAACAAUGCGAGAAUGAAGAGGAUGAUAUCACUGGUGACCUUGUCAAUAGUAGAAGAGCAGAUUACUGAGUUUUGUGAGCGCAUUCUGUGCAUUUUCCCCCUUUCUGUUUCUCAUUGGAUUGUCUUAUUGUUAUUUAAUUGUAUCAUAGUGAAUAAUUGCGGCUGUAAAACUUUGUAGGAACCAUUCUUUUUGCUAAUUCUUUUUUGAUAGGUCCAUGAUGUAAUAAUGUUUUCGUAGACGAGAGAUCUUAAAUUGAUCUAGGCGUCAACAGAAUCUGUACAAAAUGAUUUUGAUAGAGAUCAGAUUUUUUCCCCCCUUGAGAUACCAUGAGGAUUGUUGUUUUGUA